GGAUCGUGAACUCGAUCGCGCUCGCGCCGCGACCGACACAUCUCCCACGCACGCCGCGGCGACGACUUCCACCACACCACCGCUUCCCACUGGCGGCCGGCUGACCACCGGCCCGCUCGCUCCACGGCCGAUCGAGAUCGAGAGAAGAAGCACGAUGCCGCCGCCGCCGCAAGCUCCGAGCCCCGGUGGCGCCCGCGGCGGCGGCGGCGCGGUGACGCCGCCGCCCAGCAACAGCAAGCCGCAGAGCCCGCUGCGCAUCGCGCACGAGGGCGAGUUCUACGCGCGCCUGCUCACCAGGGAGAGCUCGGCCGGGAACCCGCCGUCCUUCCGCUACUACGGCGCGGGGACCGGCGCCGUGCCGUUCGUGUGGGAGUCCCAGCCGGGGACGCCCAAGGACGCCUACUCUUCCUCCUCCCGGACGAUGCUGGCCGCCGCCGCCGCCGCAGUCGCGCCGGUCAUCACCCCGCCGCCAUCCUACUACCUCCGCGGCGGCGUGCCGCUCGCCCGGCGCCACGGCGGCAAGACUGGCAGCGGCGGCAAGUACUUCGGGUAUAAGCUCAAGUGGGUCAAGGUCGGGUUCAUCGCCACCGUCUUCCGCCGCCUCGCCUUCGGUAAGUCGAGGUCCUCAUCGUCGGCCGCGUCGGUCAAGUCCUCGUCGUCCUCUACACGCUGGCUCUUCUCCGGCUCCGGUUCCGUCGAAGCCCGCGAGCAGGAGUGCUGCGGCUACUACGACGAUCCUGCUGAGCCGCGGACCAAGGGGGUGCUCUGCCUCGGCGUCCGCGCGAGCCCGUGGAUGGUGCAGUUCUGCAGCGGCCAGAGGGAGCAGGCUGGCUGGGUGUACGGCUGGCGCCCGUAGUCGUCGUCGUCGUCGUCGUCCGGCCGCCGGCCGGCCGGUCGCUGUCGAGCGAAGCAUAUGUGCACCGUCCGCUCCGUGUCCGUGCAUGCCGGCCCGCAGUGUGGUUGGCCGGGUCGCCCUAAUUAAAGUGAUCUCAUAUAGGAGCUAAUUGUUCGUGCAUAUGGAUGUUCCUGUGUUUGAUCCAGUGUCCGUCACUGUGCUUGGAAACAAGAUAAGAUAAAAAGGUGUACGUUUCGGUCGUUUAGUGGCGUCGUGUUGCCAUGCCCGGACAUUUAUAUGUAUACAUGCAUUAAUUGUGCACCUCUGGUACCAUUGCUGUUGUUGUCUAGCUA